UCGACCAUCACAGGCAGAAUUCGCCCCGGGCUGGGAGCACAUGGAAGGGACAGCGGCCAGGCAGCUUCCCAGGCCGGGGUAAAUCUAACCGGUUCUAGAGCGGGCUUCCCGAAGUCCCCGACCUUCGAGGGUUCAGGAGCCCCUCAGGCCAGGGUCAAGCUGAGAACACGGCCAGCGGAAAGCACCCGAGGGCUCUGGGCGGAAAAGCGGGGCAGAGAAGCCCCGCCCCCGGGAGGAGGACAGGCCGGGGGCGGGGCCUCUCGAUCGGCGGAACUCUCUUCGACCCCUCCCGCGCUGCCGCCCGGACGCAUUUCGCAGACACACGGGCGCCCUAACGACGGGCGCCUCGUUGCUAAGGGACGGCUAGAAGAAUUCCUGCGCGCAUGGAGACUAGAAGUUGCAGACCACAGGCCUCUUCACCAUCCCUGACAUGACAAGGAAUUGGCCAUCAGAAUCAUUUCUCCCAGAACAAGCUUUGGAAAUCUUUAGAUAUAUCCUUUUGCCACACAGAUCUGGCAGGAUUUGGGAUCUGCAUUCUCUUUCUCCUGCCCUUCUCCCUCCCCCUGCCAAAAGAAAAAUAAGGACAAAAUUUAUUACAAACCAUACAGUCAACAAAACGAAUUCCCACAUUGACCAGCCUACAGAUGUUUUUUACAAAUAAAGUAUUAUCAUUUGAAGACUUAAGAACCCAAUCAAAUUAUUUCAACCUGAGAACAGUGUAAUUACAACACCAAAGAUUCCCAGGAAUGCCAGCUCAGAUGUGCCAGCAGUGGCAGGCGGCAUUGGCGAAGGUGUUGACUGAGUGCUUUGAACCAUGGGCAAACUCCAGAGUAAAAUCAAAUAUAAUACCUACAAAUACAGAACUGAAGGAUAUGUGGAAGAGAAUGGUUGCACUAACGUGGUCGAGGAGUACAAACAAGCUCAUACUGAUGCUGUCAACUCAGUUACUGCUCUGAAUUCAGACAUUUGUGUUUCAGGAGGAAGAGAUAAGAUGGUUGUGGCCUACAACUGGAGAUCUGGAGAUACAAUGAAACAGUUCAAAGGACAUGACCGGGAAAUCACCAAGGUAGCCUGUGUUUUUGGAUCAAACCAGUUUUUCAGUGCAUCUCGUGACAAGACAGCAAUACUAUGGGAGUUGAAUGGAAAUUCUCAACCAAUUCAACAGUUUCCAGGUCAUGACAUGGUUGUUACAGGCUUAGCUGUGAAUCCAGAUUCUUCACAGAUAUGUACUGGUUCUCGGGACAAUACUCUCUGCAUGUGGGAUGUAAAGACUGGAGAAUGUCUUCAAAAAGCUACUAUUUCAAGAAAUCUGGUUACUCAUCUGUGCUGGAUCCCUAGAGAAUCACUUUUUCUCCAGACCUCAGAAGAUAAAACUAUCAGAAUUUGGGACAGUCGGAAGUUGCAAGUGGCUCAUAAAUUUCCAGUAAAGCAACACAUUCAGACUUACUGUGACGUCAGUCCAGAUGGUUAUUACUGUGUCUCCUGUAGCAGUGGCUUUGGAGGAGAAGGCUGUGAAGCAACACUGUGGGACCUAAGACAAACUAGAAGUAAAAUAUGUGAAUACAAAGGACAUUUCCAGACAGUGACAUCCUGUGUCUUCCUGCCAAAUGGGUUAUCUCUGAUACCAGCAAUUGCCACCUCAUCAUAUGAUAACAAGGUGAAGAUUUGGAACCAAUAUACUGGAGCCUGCCUUUUCACCCUCCCUCUGGAUGGAUCUGGCCCUUUGGUUUCCUUGGCCGUCUGUGACACUUCCUCCCUCCUUUGUGCAAGUUUCAACUCUGGAAUUCACUUACUUAGAAUCAGUAACAGCAGAGGGCUGCAGAUGCAGGAAGUGGCCAAGUUUUGAUGCCCUGUAACCUUCCUUUGUAAAGGAACCUGGGGCAAAAACAAAUCUUGAAACCUCCUCUCUCUCAGUGUAAGGUUUCUUUCCCUUAGGUCCACGCCAUUCAGGAGGACAUAAGGAACAUAUUUAAGAAUGAUAUACGGGUGUUAGCUCAGAGGUUGAAACACAAGUCUAUUCUUUCAAAAACAAGAUUAUUUGGCUUAGUUUAAAAAUGAAAGUUUUAGUUUUAGAAAUGAAACUAUGAAGUUCUUAAGCCAAACUUCAUCUAAAUAAUUCUGAUUUUAACAUAUUGCCCCAACCAUCUAAAAUGUGCCCACUUUGAUAGGCAAGAGAUGUUUAGGAACCAGAUGGAGAGCCUCCCCUUGUUGAUGUCAGUCAGCACCAUCUCUGAAACUAAUCUUCUUUAGAGAGCUGCGUAGAGGUUAAGUGAAUUGCCCAGGAUCACACAACCAGGAUGGGCCAGAUAUGGGAUGUGAGGCCAAAGGCAGAUGUGGGCAGAGCCAGGAAGGAAUAACUAGGACAACAAAUAGGAAAGCACAAAAAGGAGCUAAGGUGGAGCCUCAUCAGAGUCUGUUCAGUUUGUUCUCAAGGGAGAUAAGUCCUGGCCAUGUCCCUGCUGGGAUAAGUCUGGUUUUCUCUCUGCUUUCUCCCACUUUCUCUUUCUCCAUCUUUCUUACCCUCUCUCCUCUCUCCCCAUUGUUUUUCAACCGUCCUAAAAACACACCAGCAUUCUUUUUGUACAAUUCAAGCAUCUUAGAUUGUUUUCAGUGGAGAUGGAGGAAUACAUUAUCUUCUGUAAAACAAUCACACUUUUCUUUUCUCCAGAUUAAAUAAUUCUGAUACCUUUAACCUUUCCUCAUAAAUCAUAUUUUCUACUUGUUAUUUCUCUUUGAAUCCUCUCUGUAGUCUGUCUCAUGUUGCAAAGCUUCUUAUUUAAAUAAUCCCAUCAACUUUAGCACACUUGAAUGAAAUGCCUUCUUAGUACAAAGUAUUAAUCACAGUAAGUGCUAAGGAUCGGAGAAGUUAAAAAAUCUCUGGCCCUGGCCCUAUUCUCAAGGAGCCUGUUGUCUGAGAUUACCUUAAAGCUCUACUACCUUGUAUCUGAGAAUAACUAGAUACAAAGUGGAUCUCCAGUAAGGGCCAAGAGGGGCCUCCAGGAACCUAAAAAGAGGGAGGGAACAUGUUACUAAUGUCAGCCAUUUGGUCUGAUUGAUCUUCUGCCUCCUUUGGAGCCCAAACCUUUGCAUUCAAGACAUUUGGCUUCCUGUAAUCUCUCACCAUUUUGCAGCUGACAUCCUCUUAUUUCCAAAGAGAGAGAGAGAGAGGAGGCAGGGAGAAGUAGGAGAGCGGGCGCAAUCAGGAAGUCAGGGCCAGCUAUGGUGGACCUGAAAGAAUUAAAGGGAGGAAAACUUGCUAAUUUAGCUCCCAAGAAAACUAACUUUUCUGGGGCAGCUAGGUGGCGCAGUGGGUAGAGCACCAGCCCUGAAAGUCAGGAGGACCUGAGUUUAAAGCGGGUCUCAGACACUUAACACUUCCUAGCUGUGUGAUCCUGGGCAAGACACUUAACCCCAAUUGUCACAGCAAAUUUAAAAAGAAAAGAAAAGAAAAUUACAUUUUCAGACAAACAAUUUCUUGCUCUAGCACUAAAGCACCAAAGUAGCAGCUGCUGCUUCAUUGGUCUGUGUAGGACCCAAAAGUGAGACAGAAUAGUGGUGGGUUAAGUGGAACUGUACAUUUGAUGUCAGAGGUUAAGGUUUAGAGCUCAAUUUGCUGCUCACUAGGUGACCUUUGGCAAAUCAGUUCACCUCUCAGGGCCUCAGUUUCCUCUUCUGUAAAAUGAGGAGAUGGGACUAAUUGAUUUCUAAAGUCUCUUUUGUCUUCAAAUGAUUUAUAUGAGUUUUACUUGGAAAAAAAAUGUUAAACUACUAAUGACUGAUUAGUAUCUCAUUUCUAGUGUUUGGCUAAGCAGUGUGUUAAAGAUGUAAGUUGCUUACCAGUGUAUUCUUGUCCAAUUCACUGAACGAUUUUUUGGGCACCUACUAUACACAAGUCCCUUUCAGUCAGCUCUAACUAGCCUGAGCCAGACUGUCCAAGUGCCCAAAGAUCUCUCUCUUGGAAACAGCACAAACUCUUUUUUACCAAGAAGAGUUUUCUAAGUUGCUGCUUCCAAUUAAAAAACAAUCCCUAGCUUCCAAAGCGGGUUGGUUUGUUCUCAGGUUUUGGCACUUGGCAGAACCUGACCCACUGUAUGCUAAGGGUAGUGUGCUGUAAAUGUUUUUGCUUAAAAUGUGAGUGAACAGAAAUGUUCUGGUUCUUCAUGUAGAGGUUAUAUUAAAUCCCUUGAGAAUGACUUAGGGAAAAGAACUGAUCUUGAUUUGUAAUUUUAAAAUUAAAUAACUGUUUCUAUAUUUGUAUUGUGAUUGGUGACCAACAAUAAUGUAUUGCCUGCUUUACAUGGGCAUGUUCAAUGUGAAUUUCAAACUCUGUUCACAAGUUGAUUAAUGAAUUGUAUCAAACGAAAGAUUUCAAUCCAUUCACUCAACACAUACUUACUGAAAACAUACAAGAUCCAAGGCACCGAUGGCACUUUUUUAUCGUGAAACCUGAGUGUACUCAUUUUAGAGAUCAGACAUUUAUUUGAUGUGUUGUGUUUUUCGUUUAAAUAAUAAUGAGUUAAAAUAAAUGAAGAUGAAAACCCAGAAAAUAUAUUGUACUUGUUCAUGUUUCUGAAGAAAUGAUAAAUUAGUAGGUUCUCCCAACUACCAGUCAGGACAUCAACUAUACUAAGUCAAGAUGAAACUAUUCAUGAACUUGUUCUUAAAUAAAUUUGUAUAUGUACAAUA